AUGGAGACGAGAGAUGUGUGCUCGUGCACGACGAUGAUCGCAGCGUACGCGCAGAACGGACACGAGAGGCAAGCGUUGCAACUCUACCACAAGAUGGACCUCGAAGGAUUGAAGUCCGACGACGUGACAUACAUCAGUGUGCUGGAAGCUUGCAGCCGGAUCGAUGCAGUAAGAACGGGGAAACAGAUUCACGAGAGGAUAGUUUCCAGUGGCUCCGACUCCGAUGUCUACGUCUCCACUGCGCUCGUCAACAUGUAUGGCAAGUGUGGAGACUUGGAAAACGCACGGGCGGUGUUUGACAGGAUGACAACGAGAACGGUGGUGACAUGGAACACGCUCUUAACGGCGUAUGGUCAGCACGGGCACAGCGAGGAAGCCAUCAGACUCUACCAGAGAAUGGAGCCAGACGGAGUUGAGCCCGACGAGAUCACCUACGUUACCAUCGUCGGUGCUUGCGGUGACAUGCAGUCUCUAGCGGAAGGAAGGCCCGUCCACGACAGGAUAGUGAGAGCCGGCCUGGAGAACGGAGCGCUCCUCUCCACAGCACUCGUCAGCAUGUAUGGCAAGUGCGGGAGCCUGGACGAAGCACGGAAGAUCUUCGACGGCUCCGACUUGAGCAACCUGGUCUCGUGGAACGCAAUGAUCGUGGCGUAUGCUCAAAACGGGGAGGGGAAGCAGGGGCUGGAGCUGUACGAGCUCAUGAACUUGGACGGCGUGGAGCCGAACGGCGUGACUUACACCGGAGUGCUGUUUGCGUGCGCACACGUGGGGCUGCUGGACGAGGCCUGGAAGCAGUUCGUGUCGCUCAAGACGGACAGGGGGAUCGAGUGGGAGGACGAGCACUUCAGCUGCAUGACGGAUAUGCUGGGCCGGCUGGGAAGGCUGGAGGAAGCCGAGGAGUUUCUCAAGAGGUUUCCACAGGCGGGUGGAGUUCCAUGGCUGUCACUGCUCAACUCGUGCCAGAUGCAUGGGGAUUUGGAGCGCGGGAAGCGGGUGUCGCAGGAGGCCAUGAAGAGGAACCCGGAGACAUCGUCAUCGUACGUGAUGCUCUCCAACAUCUAUGCGGCACCAGAGGUUGCAAAGAUGAAAAGCAGGCUCGGGUUUUGGUAUUCCAGGCACUCCAAGUCGCAGGAUAUCACUUGA